AUGUCCACUCCACCUUUCACCGCUGAAACUGUCACUGCCAUCGCCGACACCGGGCUCACCUUGACUCUUGCCGACAUGGCAAACAUAUUCGACUUCGUGGCAUCCCGAUUGCUAGCAAUUCGCACCACACUUGAGACCAGUACUCAUGUGAAAUCAUCGAAAGCUCGCCACAAUGUCUUCAUACUGCCUUGGGUAGCCUUGUGCGAGGGUAUCCUCGGCAUGAGCCAGGCGGAGCUUCUAAAUGACCAGGAACUUUAUGCCUCUUUCAUGAAACUGCCGGUGCAGCCAUCUGGACCAUGGGUCAAAGGUCGUUUGGCAAGGACAUACGAAUUGGCUUGGUGGCACACCGACUUCGAUGUCCUUCCUUUUCAAGAUUUCAUUACCACUUUCCCCCCUCCCAAUCAGCUCAUAAGAAUGAUUGCCGAUCACUUCACCCAAUUGGCAAGUUCAAUGCUGGUGACACUGGCGACGUUAGUGCAGCCCCGGUCAACACUGGUAGCUCAGCAAAUCGCUGUGAUCCAAGCCGAACUUUCCAAUGAGGGAGAGGCUAUCAUUAGGAUGAUAGAAGACAAGGUUGUAGAGGUUCGGCUUCUUGCCGCCUCAAUGUUACGGAUGGAGGCCGCACUCAGCGAAGAUAUUCUUGAAGCGAUCGCCGCGACCAAACAUUUGGUGAAGUAUUUAAAGAGGGAGGCUAAGUAG